AUGGCCAAUCUACCGAGCAGCAGCGGAAUGCUCUCUCGAUUACUAUCGAACGUUUUCAACACAUCAAUAGCUUCAAGAUGCAGUGCCUCAGGCAGAUGGUGGCCACAACCAGAAUACGAGUUGUCAAAGCAUCGAACCAGAGCUCCGAGCAUGGGAAUUCAUCGCAGAACUCGCUUAAACGUGGUUGACAACUCGGCUCUUGGCAAGGAAGCUGACACGACUGGAAAGUUGCCGUACUGUAUUCACGUCUACAAACAAGGAAGACGUGCAAAGCACAUGCCGCAUGCCGAACUAGGAGACAAGAUCCUUGUCGCGAUUCGAGGUCAAAUGCGUAAAGCCUACGUAGUCGGAGCCAACACCCAUGCACACUAUAGAAAGCAUGGCGUCCCGGUGACUGACAAGAAUAUGAUUGUGUUGCUGGAUGAAGAAGGAAAUCCGCUCGGUAACAGAAUCACUGCUCCAAUUCCAACGAAGCUUAUGGCGAAUAGAGGAAGUGUGCAGUUCUCGAAAGUCCUUGCCUUGGCCAAUAAGUAUAUCUGA